AUGAGAGAACGCAGAUCUCAGAAGCAAAACGAUAAAGAUAUGGCCGAAGGUGUUUCCACUAUCCAAGAGUCUGAGAAUACCAGGGAAUCGUCGCCUGGAAAACUGGAGAAGUUAGUAGCUAAGAAAACAGAAGUUGAGACAGAUCCAGCAUCAUUGAAGAGAAACUUUCAAGAUGACGAACGUAUCUUUUCACGUUCAUCUGUUGAAUUCAUGAAGCGUAAACGUCGUGAAGCAGUUGAUCAGGAGAAUCGUUCCCAUGGAGUUGCCGCGAGACAGCAGAGAACGAGUACG